AUGGCGACAAGGGUUACAAUACUAUUUCUAUUUGUUUGGUGCUUUUUUGAGCUUCAUAUUGGAAUUGAAGCACAAAAAUUAUCCAAAGACGAUCUUGACUUGGAGCAGGAAUUCAAACUUUUAAAUAAGCCAGCUGUUACAACUAUUGAGACAAUAUACAGAGAAAAAUAUGAUUGUGUGGACUUUUAUAAACAACCAGCAUUCGAUCAUCCUGCGUUGAAGAAUCAUAAUUUUCAUCAUCAUAUGAGACCGACCUCAUAUCCUAAGAACUGGAGAACAUUCGAAAAUUCCUCAACAAUUAGUCGAUCAAAAAAUAUGUGGAUAAACGGUAAAGGUUGUCCUGCUAAUACUGUUCCUAUCAAGAAAACAACUAAAGAAGAUCUCAUCAAUGCCAAGUUGGCUUCAGAAAUAUAUGGUAAACAAUAUGAGCCCCUCACGCAACAAGAACACGGUACACAUUAUGCUGUAUUGCACACAAACUAUGGUACCGGAAAGGUAUUCAUUGGAGGUGGAAUGGACACAACUGUAUAUAACCCAUUGCCAGUCACUGGCGCUCAAUAUAGUUCUUCUCAAGUAAAAGUCGCAAAUGGUCCAGAUAGUAUUGAAGUUGGAUGGACGGUGAAUCCUACCCUAUACAAAGAUGAUCGAGUUAGACUUUUUAUUUACACAAAUACAGCUGCAGCACGAUGUUUGAACUUACACUGUGGUGGCUUUGUACUCACUCGACCUGACAUACCCAUCGAUCAGAUUCUUAACCCAGUCUCUGAGAGCGGGGGAGAUAUAUACGCUAUAAGACUUCUAAUUUAUCGGGAUUCACCUAACGGUGGGCACUGGUGGCUUUUAAUUGGCCAAGAACGAACCAAAGUUGGAUUUUGGCCGAACCAUAUUUUCACUAGGUUGACGAAAGUAGCUACGUAUGUAGAAUGGGGAGGAAAAACGUACAGUCCUCCCGACGUUCCUAGUCCUCCCAUGGGUGCUGGGAGAGGGGUGCAUGCACAAAGAGGGAGGGACGCAUAUUGUAGCAGGGUUGCUACUGUCAAUGAAAGCUAUUGGAUCGUUAAAGCCACAGAGACAUCUACUUAUGCUGACAUCCCAGACUUCUAUCAAGUAGUUGAUGAGGGCUUUUACGGCCAUUCUUUUGGGCACCUUAUCUUUUAUGGGGGCUAUGGUAUGUACACUGGAAUCUAA